AUCAAACGAAUAUACGAUAGGAACGAAUGUAAUCGAAAUUAAACGAUAAUGAUGUUCUCAUUCUUCCUUUUUUAUUGACAAACGUGUGAACUUCGAUCGAGAUUUAUCUAUAUUUAUUUCUAUAAAAAAUAAUCUAACAAGUGUACUAAGAAAAUAAAUAGAAAUCGACGAGAAAGCGAGUGCGUAGUGCGAUAUUUCGAAUAAAAGAAGAAAUGUUACUGACAAGUAGUGAGAAAGAAACGCGUUGCUGCCUCUUGAAGGGAAGUUUCAGCGAUGACUAAUGAAGUUAGCUGAAGUUGGUCGAAGGUAGUUGUUCUCCCCCACCGAUACUUUCCCCCACCGUAGAACUCGUGUAGAACCACAUGUGCGAAGAACACGCGCUCAUUUCGUUCGUAUGUUGUACAUACGUUUGGAAAGAGGUAUGCUCACAAGAAUUCGAACCUUUGAGUGGGUCGUAACUAAACGACGUUGUUCUUGGAAGACCCCGUAAUUCGAUUAAUUCGCCGUUAUAUUGCAUCAUAUUAUUUUUUUAAAUAAAUUUUACAUAGAAAAAAAAAAGAAAAGAAAAGAAAUAUUUCAAAAAGAAAAGGAACAUGCCGGACAAGGUAGCACCAGCCGAGAGGCAAGUGAUCGUGCUUCAUGCUUCGAAAAAAAAUAUAUCCGAAGAUAAUGACGACGAGGACAGUGGUGUUAAAUUAAAAAAAGAAUUAGGAUUACUCGAUGGGGUUGCUAUUAUCGUUGGAAUAAUUGUUGGCGCUGGUAUAUUUGUUUCACCGAAAGGAGUUCUUAUCAACAGUGGUAGUGUCGGGCAAGCUUUGAUUGUUUGGAUAUUUUCCGGUUUACUUUCACUAAUAGGUGCUCUCUGUUAUGCGGAAUUAGGUACGAUGAUACCAAAAUCUGGUGGUGACUAUGCCUAUAUUAGUGAUGCUUUUGGGCCAUUACCAGCGUUUCUUUACCUUUGGGUUGCAUUAUUUAUUCUCGUUCCAACGGGAAACGCUAUAACUGCGCUUACAUUUGCACAAUAUAUUUUACAACCUGCUUGGCCGGAUUGUAAACCAUCUUACGAAGCUGUAAGAUUACUUGCGGCAGUUGUUACGUGCUUGUUAACUGUAAUUAAUUGUUACAAUGUUAAAUGGGCGACAAGGGUCCAGGAUAUAUUUACUGGUACCAAAAUAUUUGCUUUGAUCAUCAUUAUGGUCGCUGGUUUUUGGUGGCUUUGUACCGGUCAUACAGAUAAUUUUCGUCAACCAAUGGCUGGAACUAAUACGCAACCUGGUUAUAUUGCGCUUGCUAUUUAUUCGGGAUUAUUUUCUUACUCUGGUUGGAAUUAUCUUAAUUUUGUUACGGAAGAAUUGAAAGAUCCUUACAAAAAUCUUCCACGAGCAAUAUGCAUAUCUCUCCCAUUGGUGACAGUGAUUUAUGUUUUGGCAAACGUCGCUUAUUUUGUUGUAUUAACGCAAGAUGAGAUACUUGCAUCUAAUGCAGUCGCUGUUACAUUUGGUAAUAAAUUAUUAGGAGUAAUGUCAUGGAUUAUGCCCUUUUUCGUAGCGUGCUCGACGUUCGGUGCAUUGAACGGUGCCAUUUUUGCUUCCUCAAGAUUAUUUUUCGUUGGUGCGCGUAAUGGUCAUUUGCCUGCUGCCAUAGCAUUAAUUAAUGUACAAAAUCUAACUCCAAUGCCUUCCCUCAUAUUUCUGAGCAUUAUCACCCUGGCACUUCUGAUCAUAGAGGAUGUCUAUGUACUGAUCAAUUAUGUUAGCUUCGUUGAAGCACUGUUCACCACGCUCUCAGUAUCUGGCCUCUUGUGGCUACGUUACAAAAGACCCGAUCUUCAUAGGCCAAUAAAGGUAUCUAUAGCAUUACCCGUAAUAUUCUUCAUUAUUUGUACAUUUUUGGUUAUUCUUCCUUGCUACGUGUCACCAUGGGAAGUAGGAGUAGGAAUAAUCAUCAUAUUUUCUGGAAUUCCUGUAUAUUGGAUUUUUAUAUAUUGGAAAAACAAACCAACAUGGCUAGUAUCGGCAUCGCAUAAUUUUAAUAUGUUCUGCGCAAAACUUUUCCUCUGCGUACAAGAAAAAAAUGAUUGAGAAUUUGAGUGAUGUUUUAUACACGAUGCAACUAAUGCGCGUAUAUUUAUGAACGAUAAAAAGUGAUCUAAAUUAGCAAUAAUUCUUUUUGAAAUAUGUAACAAUGAAUAGUUAUAAAAGUUCCUCUCUUGGCCAUAAUAAUUAAUAACGUGUGAACUAGAAUGAAUGAUAAUGAAUGUAUGAAGUUAAAUCGUGAAAAUGUUAUAUUAUAUAAAUAGAUUUUUGUAACCAAUUAUUCGAUUAAUUAUC